GUUGUUUGUUGUCCCGUCAACUCACCCCUCUAUUGUACAUACAUUCAACUCGCAACAAUCUGUGAGCUCCGACUUACCAGCGAAUCUUAUCACUAUUCCCAUCUUACCCGCCGUCCGCCUCUCUUCUUAUUCUCACCAGCGAAGUCCCCCCUUCCAGCCAUAAACUAGUCAUGUCAAGUGCGGAAGUACUCCCAGGCUCAGAGUCGAAAAGAUGGAAAUAUCUCGACAAUGUCCGAACACGGCCAGGCGCGUUCGUGGAUCCGGAUGGGUUUGACGGCUCAACGGUGGUGGAGAACAUGGACAAAAUCAAAAUCCUCGGAGCAGGAGGACUAGGGUGUGAGAUCCUCAAGAACCUCGCCCUUUCCGGGUUCAAGGACAUUUCCGUCAUUGACAUGGAUACGAUCGACAUCUCCAACCUUAACCGCCAGUUCCUCUUCCGCCACGCGGACGUAGGGAAAUUCAAAGCCGAAGUAGCUGCCAAGUUCGUUGAGAGAAGGGUAAAAGGUGUCAAGAUUACGCCAUAUAACUGCAAGAUACAGGACUUCGACGAAGAAUUCUACCAGCAGUUCCAGAUUGUAGUCUGCGGACUGGACAGCAUCGAGGCUCGCCGAUGGAUCAACGCCACGCUUGUCAACAUGGCAAAUUACGAGAACCCUGACAGUAUGAAACCGCUAAUCGACGGCGGCACCGAGGGCUUCAAGGGCCAAGCACGCGUCAUCCUACCGACCAUGGGCUCCUGUAUCGAGUGCCAGCUCGACAUGCACGCUCCGCGAGCCGCCGUCCCUCUCUGCACUCUUGCCAGCAUCCCUCGCCAGCCGGAACACUGCAUCGAAUGGGCGCACGUCAUCGCCUGGGACAAGGAGAAGCCGUUCCCCCAGCUUGACAAGGACGACCCGGAGCACAUCACCUGGCUCUACCAGAAGGCGCUCGAACGAGCAAAGGAGUUCAACAUCUCGGGCGUCACGUACUCUUCGACGCAAGGCGUGGUGAAGAACAUCAUCCCGGCCAUCGCGGCCACGAACUCGGUCAUCGCCGCGGCCUGCUGCAACGAGGCGCUCAAGAUCGCGUCCAGCUGUGCACCCUUUCUGGGCACCCCCGGCGAAGGCGAGCCCAACUACAUGAUGUAUUCCGGCAACGACAGCAUUUACACGUAUACGUUCAAGCACGAGCAAAAGGAGGACUGCCCCGUGUGCGGCAUGACGGCGAGGGUGCUCAAGGUCAACCCCAAGUGGACGCUCGAGGAGCUCAUCGAAUCGUUCGCCACCCUUCCCGAGGCGCAGCUGAAGAAGCCGUCGGUCCGCGCCGAGGGAAAGACGCUGUACAUGCAGUUGCCCCCGAGCUUGGAGGAGCAGACGAGACCGAACUUGGAGAAGACACUUGAGGAGCUUGGGCUGACGGCAGGUACCGAGAUCGCCGUUACUGAUCCAGCGUUUGUAGGAGUGGUGUUCAACUUUAGCCUCAGGUUUGCAUGAACACUCCAUGGCAUUUAAGAAUUGUGGUUGCUUCGCCUGGCCUGGCUGGACUAUGUUUAUGCUGUAGUCGGGUUGAAUUUGUAGAUUGCUUACAAGCGGGAGCGUCACACAACAAGCAGCGGGGAAUGACAGGCUUUGAAGGGGGGUUAUAGCGACGAAUUUGCUGGCCACUCCUUUGAGUCAAUAUCAAUACAAGAUAUCUUUAAUCAUGUGCUUCAAAACCUACU